AUGGUUGUUGCAGUAUCAGAAAAGAAAUGUUUGGUUUGUCGACGUUCACCUUUUACAUAUGAAAACGUUGGUGACAGCAUGAGUGAAAAAACGAAAAAAUAUUUCCAGACACCUUAUGCCUUAAUAGUAAAUGCCUUACGAAAAGUGGAAUCGGUCAUCAAAUUUCAACAAAACCAAUACAGUAUUAUGCGAAAGAAUGUGAAUAGUAUGCGAAACGAAAUAGUUAGUAUUGCUGAUCGAUGUCGAGAAACCGAAAAGAUCUGUGAAGUUUUAAGAACGUUAGUUCUUGGUUUAUUUCAGAAGAUAAAUGCCAGUUCUUUAAUGGUUGGUAUACAACAACAAUGUGAAUUACUGCAGCACUUAAAUCCUCAUCCAAUACAUGGCGCACAAAUGGAGAAUAUGGCAAACAUUAGUACAGUUAGCAGCAUGUCAGUUAUCGCUCCUAUAUUUGACGAAGGAAAUUGUACAGAACAAUUAUUUCAAAGAACGAAAGGGGUGAAAGGAGCACAUGAACGACAGUCUGAAACUUUGUCGAAUUUGGAUCCAGCACGUACUAAACCUUCAGGGUUGAAAUGUGCUACCAGAUUUAAUAAUGAUCAUUCUCUGCAGCACUCCGAAGCAGUGUUGUCUGGAAGUUUAGAGACUAUUUUUGCUAAUGCAAAUGACAAUAAUAAAAAGAUAAAACCUCCGAUCUGUAACAAUCCAUACUUGGAUCAUAUCUCACGAAAACGUAGUCAAACUUUGAUAGCAGCACAAAACGGUGGAGAUGACUUCAUUACGCAGCAGCACUUAGACAAUAAAAGGAGCUUAAAAGUUCCGAAGGAAAUCCAGUUUUCUCGAAGUUUAUCAAGGAUAGAACCAAACUCACAUAAUUCAUCUACCUUAAGUGACAAUCCGCGCAUACAAUUUCUCAGAAAUAAUCAUCGUUUUUAA